AGUUUCGAGGCGACGCUAGCUUUGUUUACUUUCGCACAAAAUCCUGAGUUUAAAGCUAAUAGUUUCUCAAUUUUAGGGGUACAAAAAUUCAUUCGACACAUUCUUAACAACACAAACCUUCAGAUGAUGUCAAGAAACUUAACAAGAAUUAGAAAAUUAACGCAUGAAAUAGCCAAGAAUGCUAUCUGCAGGGUAAGUGAGCAAGAUUCACUGAAAAUGUUUUCUGUAGUUUUCAAGAUUUUUCACAUUACGGAAUGCCAAGGACACGAAAUUAAACACCUUCAGAAACUCAAAAAAAGCUAUGAGAAAACUGUAAAAAUAACUUUCGAGAAAAUUAAAAAAGUCAAAACGUCACCAUCCACUUGCUAUCAAGAUAUCCUAUCUGAUGAUAUUACAUCUUUGAAAAAAAUUGUGGAUGAGUAUAAUUUCUCUGAAAAUCUUCAGUCUUUUUUUAUCUAUAAAAACAACUUAAAAGUGCAAGCAGAAGUUGAAAUGCUUAUAUUAUCUAUUUUAUCCAGCUUAGAGCAUUCUAAUCUUUAUUUAAUAACGAGUCAGCUAUCUAACGAAGCUGGUCCUCUAUUAAUUGGCAGAUAUCUUAGGAAUUAUCUAGCACACGGAAAUCCUCUGGUGGACAUUUUAAAGGAUACAUGUCAGUUUAUAUAUUUAUAUGCUUUGAAGAUUAUCAAACAUGAUAUUUAUCGAAAAGAGAAUUUAGAGAUCACUUGCAUGAAGAAUAAAUCGAGUGCUAUCUCUAUUGUAGAAAAUCAAGAAAGACUUUUCGAUGCUUUGUCUGGCUGCUCCUUAGAGAACGUGAUACAAGCGAUAAGAGAAGGUGCUGAUAUGUACGGAAGAGAUAUUAACUUGAUGACAACAUUACAUUUUGCUGCGAAAUCUACGAACUUUGAUGUAAUGAAGUAUUUAGUUAACCACGGUUUGAAUCCGAUGGUAAAAGACUUUUUUGGAAGAAAUUUGCUCCAUGUAGCAGCAGAAGCAGGAUGCAAAAAUAUAGUUGAUUAUAUUAUAGAAGAAUUACAUAUAUCAGUUGAUGAAAAGUGCGGGCGAAAUCAUACCGCUCUCUAUAUAGCAGCCGAAAACGGUUUAGUUGAUAUCGUGAUAACUUUACUUCGACACAAUGCCGCAGUCAAGGUAGGCCCAUUUAAUGAGACGCCAAUAUACGCAGCUGUUAUCAAUAAUGAGGUGAAGGUCAUUGAGUUAUUUUUUCAAACAAUUAAAGAUAUCUAUUCAAUCCAACUCGUGCAGGGGUUUACUUUACUUCAUUUUGCAGCUGAAAUGGGCCUCUUAGACAUGGUUCUUUGUUUCCUCGAUAAAGGAGCUGAUGUUAACUCCGUGUCGGAUGAGUUGGUCACACCAUUGCACAGAUCUGCUUCAGCUGGUCAUUCUGAUAUGGUCUCAACAUUGAUUUCGAAAAAAGCAAACGUAAAUGCUAAAGAUUCAUUUAAUCGAACUCCGCUUCAUUACGCUGCUCUAAGUGGACAGUCAAAUACUGUUGAAGUUUUGCUAAACCAUGGUGCAGAUCUGGAAGCUUUAGACAAUAAAGGACAUUUACCUUUGCAAUCAGCAAUUAUAAAUGGAAGUAUUGAAGUAAUAAAAACUAUUACGAAACAUGGUGCAAGUAUUGAAGAUGUUGCAGCAAAGGAUUUCUUAAUCCUUGAGUAUGCCAUGCUUCAUAAUAAUUUAGAGCUUAUUAACUUUGUAAUUGAUAAUGAAGCACCAAUUAAUGUAAGGAAUGAAAGUGGCAGCACUCCUCUUCAUCGAAGCAUACAAAAUGGUUUAAUAGAUAUUUCGUUGAAAUUAAUUGAAUGCGGAGCCGAGAUUAAUGUGGUAAAAAACGGUUUGACACCUUUGAGCCUUUCCAUCGGACUAGGAUAUUUUGGGAUAGCUGACAAACUCUUAUCCAAAGAAGCCGAUAUUUAUAUUGUUGAUAAAAGAGGAGACACUUUAUUGCAUAAGUGUGCUUCAAUUUCAGAUAUUUGUAAUUUCCUGUUCAACGAUUAUGAAAAAAAUAACAAAGAGAAAUAUAAUGAACUAGUUUCUAAUUCGAACGGACUUGACAUAUUUGAUAGACUUGUGAAAAUGGGAGCUGAUAUUGAAAAAGAAAACAAAAAUGGCCAUACACCUUUGCACGUUGCAUGCUUAUUCGGAAAUAUACCUAUUGUGCAAUAUUUGAUCAAAAAUUCUGCAGACCCAAACAUGGUUGAUAAAAUUAGGUUUUCGCCUUUGCACUUCGCUACUUACGGUAAUCAUCUUGAAGUUGUGAAGAUCAUUUUAGAAAGUAGAAAAUGUUCUUUAAAUUCUAAGACUUUUGAGGGCGAUACUGCAUUGUGCAUAGCUUCAAGCAACAAUUACACUGAUAUGACUAAGGUGUUGAUCAAAAAUGGUGCUGAUGUAAAUGAUGGUGACCCACUCUUUAAGGCUCUCAUGCAGGGACAUCAGGAUAUAUGUGUAAUUCUUCUCCAAAAUAAAUCGACUGAUAUCGAAAGGCAGUUUAAAGAUAAAAGUGGAAAGUUUCUUCAAAUCGCAUCAAUUAAGGGUCUGGAACGAGUCGUGUCAAGCUUUUUAGAAAAAAAGAAAUUUUCGAAAUCAGUUGACAUGAACGAAUGUUUGCUUUUUGCAAUUCAGUGGGCUUCGGAAGACAUUGUUACUCUUUUUUUAAAUCAUGGAGCUGAUAUGAACUUUGCCUUUGAAAAUCAAAAAACCCCUUUGCACUUAGCAGUAGAGCGAGACCAUUCCAAAAUCAUAAAAGUAUUGUUAGAAAGGGGUGCAGAUUUUAACAAGCUGAAUUCAAUUGACCUAAGACCCAUUGAGGUAGCUGUAGGGCAUGGUCAUUUGGAAUCAGUAAAAGCAUUUUUUCAAAAUAUAACGGUAGACGUAAACGAAAAAGGAAACUGUGAUCAUACUUUGAUACAUAUUGCUGCAACAUGGGGACACCUAGACAUAACGAAAUUUCUAAUUAGCAAUAACGCCGCAUUAAAUAUUGGUGACAAAUUUGGUUCAAAACCCAUACACCUAGCAGCCCAAUUUGGACAUUUACAUAUUGUUAAAUACUUCCUUCAGUGCGAUCCAAAAUUAUUAACAGAUCGUGGGGGUUCAAACAACAGUUCUCCUCUUCACUUUGCAGCCCAUGGAGGCCAUGCAGAAAUCGCAAAAUAUUUAAUAGAGAAAGGAAUGGAUGUAAAUGCACCUAGUGAUCAUGGAAUUAGACCCAUUCAUGUAGCUUCACAAUUUGGACGUGAGGAAGUACUCAAUGUUCUGCUGAACUAUGGUGCUAUGUAUGACAGCAUUCUUGAUAGAGUUCCUUCAACACCAUUACUUCUAACUCAUAAUGAAAAUAUUAAAAAAACAUUAAUGAUGAUAAAAGAACUUUUUCACGCAGUUAAAAGCAAUAACAUUUCAGACGUAAAAUCUCUCAUUGAUAAGGGAGCUUGCAUGAAUGCAAAGGACUCAAAAAAUUCUACAGUUUUGCAUUAUGCUGCAUGGAAAGGUUAUGCAGAAGUUACUCAACUUCUAUUGGAAAACAAAGCGAAUCCUAACGUAUUUGCGAAGGGAAAUGCCACACCCCUUCAUUAUGCGUCAAAGUAUGGAAAAUACGAGGUAGCAAAAGUUCUUCUAGAAAAUGGUGCUAUUUACAAUGCGAUGUCAACUGACGGAAAGGCUCCUGUUGAUCUAGCCUCAAACAAAAGUAUUAUUGAUUUGUUAGAACUAAUCGAUAGUGCUUUCAGAGAUGUACAAAACUGUAAUAUUCAGAUUUUAGAAACUCUAGAAAAAUUCAGAAAUUCUGAUGUUUUGAAAUCGGUGGUUUGUGCAAAGAACAUUGAAGGAAAAAAUUUGAUGAUUUGUGCUUUUCAGCAUAAGUUUUCUAAAUUGGAUCAUCUCACGCGUAUAUUUUCAGGUGACCCUCAAACUAGAAAUGAAAUUUUUAAUUACAUUUUUGUGAAAGAAGAUUGCGUUGCCGCUUCAGAUAUGCAAGCAAAUUUGCUGCAGAAAAAUUCGCAACUUUUCGGCUCCGACAAUCCUGUUACGUUAGAAACCGAAGAAAUGUCAGCAUUCAUAUUGUUCAAACAGAAAAAAUAUGAACAAGCCCUUGAUAUUUUCCAGGCUAUAUUUCAAAAGAAGAAAGAGAUGCUUGGACCAAGCAACAGUCGAACUUUGAACACGCAGUUUUUUGUCGCGCAUAUGCUCCAAUGCUUAGGUAGAAAUCUUGAAGCAAUCGAGAUUUUUGAUGACCUUUACUCACGACUGAAUGAAUUACGCGGAUUAAGUAAUAUUGAGACAUUGAUCACAAUAUUGCAUUCGGCAGAAGUUUUGUGCGACCUUGGACUGCAUGAAGACGCCCUGAAAAGAAACGACGUAGUGUUCGCAAAGUUUUAUGAAACACUCGGUGCAGACAACGCUCUGACCAUACAAUCUCUAGAUAGCCGCGGAAAUAUUUUAAGUCACUUGAGUGCGUACGAUGACGCUCUGGCUUGCUACAAAUGUGUUUACAAUCACAAUAAUAAAUUAUCAGGGCCUUCAAGUUCCGAAACUUUGAAGUCGCUUCAAAAUAUAAAACAUGUACUAUGCCUUCAAAAUUUAACUGAUGAAAAUCUCGAAGGUCUACGAGAAGUUUUUGACACUCAGAAAAAUGUCUUAGGUCUUGAGCACUUGGACACUUUAAAAACGGAAAGAAAUUUAGGAGAGUUGUUAUUCAGAAGAGGUAAAUUUAGAGAGGGUUUUGAAAUGUCAAAAGAAAAUCUUGAGAAACAAAAAGUUGCCUUGGGACACAAACAUUCAACAGUUUUAAGAUUGGAAAAACUUGUAGAAAGAAUGAAAUAUGUCGUUGAUAUGUUGGACAUUCAAAAUUCGUCCAAUUUGAACAAUAAAACUAGUGAAACUCCGUCAUCAUAUGAAUCGCUUAUACGAGAUCAGUUCCAACAUAAGACCAUAGAUCGUGAAGGCAGAACAUUUCUUCAUGUUGCUGCGAGUGAAGGUCUUACAGCUUUUGUGAGCGAUCAGUUACAGAUUGGAUGCAACGUCAUGCACACCAAGCAAAAAGGAAAUACGGCUUUGCACAUUGCCUCGGUCAAGGGUCAUGCUGAAAUUGUUGAAUUACUUCUGGUGCAUGUCAAAGAAAAUAACUGUGAUGAAUUGAAUACCUUUAUAAAUGCUAAGACAAAGAACGGUGGUAAUUCUGCACUGCACGCAGCUGCCAAUGUCGAAACUGCUAAGACUUUGCUGAAGUACGGGGCCAUUUAUAAUAUCAGAAAUAAGGACGGUAAAACACCAAAAGAGUACACUUCAGUCAAAGAAAUUUCUGAUUUUCUAGAAAUUAUUGAGGAAUUUUUCAUUGGCGCUUUGAUUGGUGACAGCAAAAUAAUAUGCACAUUCCAGAACCUAAGAUUGGAGGAAAAAAUGGCAGUUUCAAAUGCGAGAAAUGAACUAAAUCACACAAUGAAGCAAGUUGGUUUGAAAUAUGGACACAAAAACAUUAUUGAUAGCAUUGAACUUGAUGUUUGAAAUUCUAUAAUUUAAAAAUUUGGUUUUUUAGUGUAAAAUAUUAUAAUACCACUUUGAAUGCUAUAUUAAUUUAAAAGAAGGAAUAUUAUAAAACGGACCUUUUCAAACUGAACAUCAGUAAGGUUCAACCAGGAUUAAAAAAUAUUAUGAUGAUACAUUUAAUCUAAUAGUGUUAUUUAAAGUAUAGAAAAAGUUGAUUAAAUUUUGUAUUUGUGAAAUUUUAUUUUAUCAAGUUUUUGUGAAGUGAAAAUAUCUUGUUAAAAUGUGUUAAAUAAUUAUAUGCGUAAGUUUCCAAGUAGGCGUGUUACCCUAGCUGCCUACUUCUCCGGUUUCCUUUUCCUGGAAAUAGUGACAUAACCAAGAAUUAUGUAUUGACGUCUAUAGACAGAACCAUUUAAUAUUGUCUAUCCUUAAAAAAAUCAUUUAGUGAUUCUUAAUUGCUUAAAUGCGGAAUUUGUUAUUUUACUACCACUUUAAUUAUUGUAUGAAGUUAAAAUAUAUUUCAAUAUUUUUUUAAAAGCUUAAAAACUGCUUGAAAUAUUUCUUUACAUAUAUCACUUGAAAAUUUAAGAUACAAAAGCGGGAAUUUUCCAACUAGAUACAGUUAUUAAACGUGGUGGUGAAUAUGGUUUUGAUGAAAUACAUCUUAUACAUUUUUCAGCACUCUUUAAGUUUUUUAAAAAACGUACGAGCUUUGUCAGAGGUAACAACAACGCCACAAGAGUAAUAUAUUAAAACGACUGCCUAAUUUUUAUAUUUGCUAGUCAUAUGGUUUUUGGGGGCCUUACCUCUCCAUGAUGUAUUACUUUGUAACAAUUUUAUCAAAAUAUGGUUUAUUUAUGGUGUAUUUGAUGCAUUAAAAUUAAAAACAUUUUUUUAUGAAAAUUUAUGUUUUGCGAUUAAAUUUUUAUUUAAAGAGUG